AUGCGAGGGCUCACUGACAUGACCCCGAAGCAGUUUGCAGAGGUGAGUGCAAUAUUUGGAGAUGUGGAGCCAGAGCUCGACGUCAACAAGCGCAAGUACAAAGUCGAUGAAGUUUCCAGCGUCAUGCGGAUAGGGAACACCAAGGACUGCAAUGGAAAUUUGAAUGCUAUGUUAGCACUCACUCCGCCACUGCCGGCAAGCGGAUCACCGCAAUAUCAAUACGCAGAGAGGUUGCCAGUGUGGCAUACGGAUUCCACGUACCGGAAACACCCACCGAUCGGUUCCACUUUGUUCUGCAGGCAAGCCCCUCCAGAGGGCGGUGCCACAUGCUUUGCGGAUAUGCGAGAGGCAUAUGAUUCUCUCGACGCAGCAAUGCAGGAACGGCUUCUAGGUCUGGAAUGCGUAUGUUCGCAAGCACAUCAUGACGCCAAGGUGAAUCGAUACUCACCUGAAUAUCCAGUGCUCUCUCCAGAGCAGCGCGCGGCCAAUCCUCCCAACAGGGUACCCAUGGUGCUUCAGCACCCGCAGACGGGCCGUCUGGCGUUGUAUGGCAUGAAUUCGAGUACGUGCGCGGUGCUGCCGAAAGGUACACACUUGUCUGCCAAACAGUUGGACCAGUACGAAGUCGAUGUUUUGGAGGACGCGAGUGUUGAGGAGUGGCGAAAGUUGUUGCCCUCUGUCACAGCCGACCGCUUCACGGUGACAUGGCAAUGGGAGGUUGGGGAUUUCGUUGUUUGGGACAACCGUUGCACCAUGCAUUGCGCAACGGGGUAUGAUACGGAACAGCACACCCGGGAAAUGUGGCGUACGACUUUGGCCGCGGACAAGGUGUGA